UGACAAGAUGACAAGAUAACAUUUUGCGGCCUAUAUAAGUCAGUUGAGUCGACAGAUUGGGCAUGGCCAUCGUGUUAGGCGGUGGCUACAGCCGCCGGUUCGAAAUUUUCUCCAAGCUUUCCCUCCUUUCUCUUUUCCCCUCCCGUUGCCAUGGCCGACGUUGCCUUAUCCCGCUCGCAUUCGAAGAAGUGGUGGAAGGAGGCAGUCGUGUACCAGGUGUACCCCGCCAGCUUUAAGGAUGCUAAUGGGGAUGGCGUUGGCGACCUGCCCGGCAUCGUCGAAAAGCUGGACCACAUCCAGUCCUUAGGCGCAACUGUCGUUUGGAUUUGCCCCAUGUAUGACAGCCCUCAAGUGGACUUGGGCUACGACAUACGCAACUAUGAGGAGAUUUACCCACCUUACGGCACCAUGCAGGACAUGCAAAACCUUAUCGACAGCUGCCACGCCCGCGGCAUGCGCAUCAUCCUCGACCUCGUUAUCAACCACACUUCGAACCAGCACGCUUGGUUCCGCGAGUCGCGCGCUUCCAAGGACAGUCCCAAGCGCGACUGGUACAUCUGGCGGCCCGCCCGCCGCGGCCCCGCCGGCGAGCGUCUUCCGCCCAAUAACUGGCGGUCCAACUUUGGCAGCGGCGUGUGGACGUGGGACGACGCCUCGCAGGAGUACUACCUCCAUCUCUUUGCGCCCGAGCAGCCUGACCUGAACUGGGAGAAUGUCGAGACCAGGAAGGCCGUGUAUGCGUCGGCGAUGGAGUCGUGGCUGCUCAGGGGCGUGGACGGGUUCCGCGUCGACACGGUCAACAUGUACUCCAAAACGCCGGGGCUGCCCGACGCCCCUGUCGUGAACCCGGCGCAGGAGUGGCAGUUCGCCGCGGGCCAGUUCUGCAACGGGCCAAGGAUGUACGAGUACCUGGAUGAGAUGAAUAAGGUUAUGGAAGGCUACGACACCAUGACGGUGGGUGAACUGCCGCACACGCCGGACCUCGAGAGGGUGCUCAAGUACGUCUCGGCGGCGGAAAAGAAGCUGGACAUGGUCUUUCAGUUUGACGUGGUCGACACAGGCUCUGGAGCCGACGUCAAGUACGACACGAAACCUUUUAAUUGGACGCUCCCAGAGUUCAAGCGCAGGGUCCUGCGAACGCAGUCUCUCAUCACCGGCACCGAUGCCUGGACCACCAGCUUCCUCGAGAACCACGACCAGGCCCGCUCCAUCAGCCGCUUCGCCUCGGACGCGCCAGAGCAUCGCGUACAGUCGGGCAAGCUGCUCAGCCUGCUUACCUGCACCCUGUCCGGCACGCUCUUUGUGUACCAGGGGCAGGAGAUCGGCAUGGUCAACAUGUCCCGAGAUUGGCCCAUGGACGAGUACAAGGACAUCGAGUCUGGCAACUACUACCGCGAGGUCCAGGCUAAAGUUAAGGGCACCCCAAACGAGUCUGCGGCACUGGCUGCCGCCAAAGCCAGCCUGCAGCACCUGGCACGGGACCACGCUCGUGUGCCCAUGAGCUGGGAUGCAUCCCCGCAGGGCGGCUUUUCGACCAACCCGACGACCUGGAUGCGCACGCACCACCUGGCGAGCGAGAUCAACGUGGCGUCCCAAACAAACAACCAGUCGAGCGUGCUGGAGUUCUGGCGGAAAGCACUGCGGCUACGGAGGGACCACGCCGGAGUGCUGGUGUAUGGCGACUUCGAGAUUGUAGAGAUGGAGGACCCCAGCACCUUCGUCUACACUAAGCGCAACGGGACAGAGACAGCCCUGGUAAUGCUGAACUUCACGGCUGGACGCGUGGACACGAAGGUUCCAGAAAAGUUGGCCGGUGCCCCAUUGCAACUCGUAACAUCGACAUACGAGGAUGGUGGCAUGGCUGGGAACUUGCGCCCGUUCGAAGGACGGCUGUAUCUGGCGCCAGAAAAAUCACAAUAGCGCGUGGGUGGAAGCGGGGACUGCCGGUUCAUUAACCGAAAUGAUGGUGGUGUGGAUGUUGUUCUCGCCAAGACCCUCACAGUGCGGUAUUUCUUAGCGCGGGGCGUCUCGGGAGCAACCCCUAGCGUGCCAAGCCAACCCCGCUCACUCUAUCAUCUCACGCCACUCCAUCCCUUCGUGUCCUCCAGUGCCUCCCUUCAACAAUCACCGCCUGACUGCAACCAAACUUAUGCCCUCCCUGCAGAUCGCACCACCGUCCUGUAGCAGCGUUGUGUUACCUUGCAAGGACUACAACCCCGCUCCCUGCGCGCAAAGUCGGCACCAACUGAAAGAAAUAAGCCGCACACUUUAGGAAGACCAGCAAGCAAAGUGGGGUAAAUGUCUCUGGUCUGAUUGGCUGCUCCCGGCAUUUGUGGCCAAUGAUUGGCUAAAAAUUUUAAAGUGUGCUGUUUUUUGUUUUCAGUUGGUG